AUGGCCGAACGUAGAAAAGAGGAAUUAAAGAAAAAAAAGGAAAAACUUGCGGAGCUUAAGAGAGCUAGAGAGGAGCGAAAGAGUACUCCUCCGGCACCGGCACCGGCAGAAUCACAGAAGGAAAAAACGAAAAAAGAUGAAUUGGAUGCCCUUCUCUUGGAAUUGCUGCCAAAGCAGGAACCUAAAGUAGAAGCACCAGAAAAAGUACCUGAAAAUGAAAUACCAACAACUCCUGAUCCAACAUGCAUAAUAGACACUAAAGCAGCAUCUAAUAUUAUUCCUCAAAACAUUAUAACUUCUAGUGGUCCGGCAACACCUACUUUAUCGUCACGAUUCAUUCCAGACUUCACUACUUUUGAAGCGGUUAUAUUAGAUGUUCCUCCAAAGGAAAUUGUACAUUAUAAUAAAGAAGUUCAAACUGCCGCUACGUCUUUCGAAGCGCCACCACCUUCUGAAGAUGAAAUUCGUGAAAAGGUGCGAAUGGAAUUUGAAGAACAACAAAAAGCAAAAGAAGCUGCUGCUGCAGAGCAACGUGCUAGGCAGGAAGCUGAAAAGAAAAAAGAAUUAAAACUUUUAGAAUUAUCUGAUGAAGAAAUGAAGAAUAUUCUCAACUCUUCAGAGUUUCAUGAAUUCGUUACACAUUCUACCAAAAUGGUAGAAAGAAUGUUAACUGAUAAUUUUUAUGAUCACAUGAAAGAUUACACAUUCAAUGCGGCAGCAGAGAGAGAUGAAAAUGAAGGUGCACGCGUCAGAUAUUUAUUUUCAUUUUUUGAUGAUCGGUGGAGUAAAAAUCGAUUCGUUACUGAUGUGAAUUGGUCACAUAAGAAUCCUGAAUUAUGUGUUGCAUCAUAUAACAAGAAUCCUUAUAAUAUGAAUGACCCAGACGGUGUUGUUUUAAUAUGGAACUUGAGAUUGAUAGGACGACCGGAAUUCGUUUUUCAUUCUCAAUCUGAUGUUUUGACAACAAUGUUUUCCGAAUUUCACCCGAGUGCUGUGCUUGGCGGAACUUAUUCGGGACAAAUAUUACUUUGGGAUAUGAGAGCAAAAAGUCUACCUGUUCUAAAAACUCCACUUUCAACUGCCGGUCACACCCAUCCAGUUUACUCGAUGCAGAUGGUGGGUACACAAAACGCUCACAACCUUAUCACUGCAAGUACAGACGGCACGGUGUGCUCUUGGCAGCUGGAAACACUACUUCAACCAACGGAAACUUUAGAAUUAGUUCAUUCAGGGCACAACAAAACUGAUGAAGUCUCUGUUACAUCUUUUGGUUUCCCAGAAAAUGAGACAUCAACAUUCUGGGUUGGAACGGAAGAAGGCAAUGUCUACCAGGCGAAUCGAUUUGGACAUGCCGGCGGUAAAGCUGGCAUCAAUCAAUACGACUCUUAUAAAGGACAUUGGGGCCCAGUAACUGGACUUCAUUUCCAUCCUUUAGUCGGACCUGUAGAUUUCUCUGAUCUAUUUUUAACUUCUUCAGUGGACUGGACCGUGAAACUAUGGAAAGCUAAAUCGGUUUCGAAACCAUCUGCAUCAGCACAAACAAUUUCUCCAUUAUACAGUUUUGAAGGAUCGGACGAUUAUAUUUACGAUGUUAAAUGGUCACCUACUAAUCCAGCACUUUUUGGUUCGGUCGAUGGUAAAGGAAACUUUGCAGUUUGGAAUUUGAACGAAGAUACUGAGAUACCAGCUGUAAAUACUCAAGUCGGUAAUGGUCGUGCAUUGAACAAACUCCAAUGGGAUAAGGAAGGAAGAAGAGUAGCUAUUGGAUCAUCAGAUGGACGUGUUCACGUUUAUGAUGUUGGAGAGUUAUGUAAUCCAAGGGAAGAUGAGUGGAUUAAAAUGCAAAAAACACUUUCAGAAAUGAAUGAAUCUGGAGAAAUGAUCGGGAAAAUGAACACAAAAUAA